CAGCCUCAGACGUCCCAAUCAUGCUUUUUGCCUCUUUCUGUGAAUGCCCCAAACUGAACCCACAAGAAAGGUGGGAUGGGGGAGUUGCCGCCGUGCAUCUGCCGUUGUCCUUGCCUCUGUAGUGAGUGCUUGGUGCCCCUCCCUAUACCACCCCCAGGAAUGCCUCCGUCCCGCUGGCUGAGCUCUAUGGGGGCCUUCCUGCUGCCAGGCCCCUGCUGGGUGCCCCAGGUGAGGUGCCUUCGAGUCCCAAGGCAGCCCUCCCUGGUGCAAGGGUGCCCAGUCCUGGGGGCCAGGCGCAGUGCCCGCCGCUGGGGCCAAGCGUGGAUAGAGGAGCCUCGAGCAUUUUGCUCCUCUCUCAGAAUGAAUGGAGACCAGAAAGUGGACGCUUACGCCCAAGAAAAGGAGAAUUUCAUCCAGCAUUUCUCCCAUGUGCUCAAAGUGCUGGUCGAGGAUGACCUGGGGCACCCAGAGACGGGAGACGCUGUUGCCCGGCUCAAGAAGGUCCUGGAAUACAAUGUCAUCGGAGGCAAAUACAACCGAGGUAUGACGGUGGUAGCUGUGUUCCAGGCGCUGGCGGAGCCCGGGCAGCAGGAUGCUGACAGUCUGCAGCGGGCGCUGACCGUGGGCUGGUGUGUGGAGUUGCUCCAAGCUUUCCUCCUGAUACUGGAUGACAUAAUGGAUUCAUCCCUCACCCGCCGGGGGCAGCCCUGCUGGUACCAGAAGCCAGGCAUAGGUCUGGAUGCCAUCAAUGACGCCAUGCUGCUGGAAUCCUCUAUCUACCGCCUGUUGAAGUUCUACUGCCGGGGGCAGCCCUACUACCUGAACCUGAUGGAGCUCUUCCUGGAGAGUUCCUAUCAGACUGAGAUAGGACAGACCCUGGACCUCAUCACUGCCCCUCAGGGCAACGUGGAUCUCAGCAGAUUUACCCCAAAGAGGUACAAAUCCAUUGUCAAGUACAAGACCUCGUUCUACUCCUUUUACCACCCCGUCGCUGCUGCCAUGUACAUGGCGGGCAUUGACGGGGAGAAGGAGCAUGCCGAUGCCAAGCGGAUCCUGCUGGAGAUGGGCGAGUACUUUCAGAUCCAGGAUGAUUAUCUGGACCUCUUUGGUGACCCCAGUGUGACAGGCAAGGUUGGCACUGACAUCCAGGACAACAAAUGCAGCUGGCUGGUGGUUCAGUGUCUGCAGCGGGCCUCUCCGGAGCAGCGUCGGGUCCUGCAGGAGAAUUACGGACAGAAGGAGGCAGAGAAGGUGGCGCGGGUGAAGGCCCUGUACGAAGAGAUGGAGCUGCCGGCCGUGUUCCAGCAGUACGAGGAAGCCAGCUUCUCCAGCCUCCGCAGCCUCAUCGAGCAGUACUCCGGGCCGCUGCCGCCCUCCGUCUUCCAGGGGCUAGCUCACAGGAUCUACAAGCGGCAAAAGUGACCUGGAGCCUGGGAGGGCAGGGCCUCAAUAAAUUAUUGUUUAACCUUC